CUUUAAAUCAGUAGUUGCAUUUUCUUUCCGCUUUUUUGUCGCUUUCCAACCCAACAAACUCAUUCUCAUCGACAAUGCUGCGUCAGACAUUCCGUGUAGCUGCUGCCUCAAGGACAUCCUCUUCCAUUGUAGCGCAGCGUCGCGUUCACAUGAUUAACGGCUGGCUCGGCACACGAGUCAAUAUGUCAACAACUGCAGCAAAGGAAGAUCCCAUCGAGGCUGACGUUCUGCAUCGCAAGCAUCUUUCUAGUCGGACCUUUAUUCUUAACCGUCCCAAGGCACUUAAUGCACUCAACUUGAGUAUGGUGCGAAAUAUGACUCCUCAACUUCAGGCAUGGGAUGCUUCGGACUUGUGCAAAGUUAUUGUUAUCAAAGGAGCCGGCGAGAAGGCUUUCUGUGCAGGAGGUGAUGUUCGACAGGUUGUUGAGCUAGCCAACGCUGGAAAGCAUGACGAAGCACUGGAUUUUUUUGCAGAGGAGUAUAGAUUGAACCACAUGAUUGCUACGUUGAAGACACCUUUCGUAGCUAUUCUUAAUGGCAUUACAAUGGGCGGUGGCGUUGGUCUCUCUGUACAUGCGCCAUUCAGAAUUGCAACUGAAAAGACCUUGUUUGCUAUGCCAGAGACUAAUAUUGGUUUGUUCCCGGAUGUCGGAGGUUCUUUCUUUUUACCUCGUUUGGAUGGUGAAACUGGUACUUAUCUCGGCCUUGUUGGCACUCGUCUAAAAGGCAUUGACACUCUUUAUGCUGGAAUUGCUACUCAUUACGUUCCUUCGGAGCGUUUGACUGCACUAGAAGAUCGUUUGAGCGAGCUAGAGACUGAUAAUCACGACGUGAUCAAUAUGGCUAUCGAGGACUUUGUCAGCGAACCUCUUCACGAUCAUAAGUAUGCACUUUCAGAAUAUCGAGACGCUAUUGACCGCUGCUUCCGCUUCAACACUGUCGAAGAUAUCAUUGCUGCAUUGGAGAAGGAGAAGACGCCUUUUGCAGAAGAAACGUUGAAUGCUCUUCGCAUCAUGUCACCCACUUCUCUCAAGGUUACUCUUCAGCAGAUCCGUGAGGGUGGCAACUUAGGUAUUGCUGACUGUUUCAGAAUGGAGCAUCAGUUGGCUCGUCAGUUCUUGUAUGGACAUGAUUUCCCCGAAGGUGUCAAAGCUUUACUUAUCGAAAAGACCCUGAAACCCAAGUGGAGCCCCGCUACAGUGGAGGAUGUAGAUCGCGAGCAAAUGUUAGGUGUGUACUUUAGAAAUCAGGCCCCUAAGCCUUUGUCAUUGUCAAGCACCACAACCUGGAGCGAGUAUCCUUAUAGACGGUAUGGUCUUCCUUCUGAAAACGAGAUUCGUAAGAUUGUAACAGGUGAAGCCCAGGGCAGCGGGCCUCUUCAGUUGACUGUGGAUGAAGUUGUGGAUGUCUGCGUGAAGAAGAGUGGAGGCAAGAUUGGUGUUCGGGAGAAGGUUUUGGAGGUACUGUCGCGCAAAGUCAGCAAGGGUCCACAGGGUGAGCUCAAAUGGAACAACUAAAAUUAAAAAAAAUAAAAUAUUUAGAUUACAGUGAGUGGAGCACAGAGUAAUCUUAAACGUGCAAACCAGGC